UCGUUGGGUUGUGAGAGACCCGCCCCUUCAUCCCGCCCACCUCCUCCGCCUGACCCGCCGUCUACAAAAGACCCCAUCUUUGCACUUCUCUGCAGCUCAGACAAGCCUUUUUACCUUAUAAAAGCUACAUCUGCAGCGUUCGGCGCAAAUAAAUACAUCAAAAUGGCAAUGACUCUGGCUUACUGGGAUAUCCGCGGGCUUGCUCAGCCGAUCCGCCUCCUGCUGGAGUACACUGGAACCAGCUACGAGGACAAGUUUUAUGUCUGUGGUGAAGCUCCCAACUAUGACAAGAGCUGCUGGUUUGAUAUCAAAGAAAAGCUUGGAAUGGACUUCCCUAAUCUUCCCUACUUGUUGGAUGGAGACAGGAAGAUUGUUCAGAGCAAUGCAAUCAUGAGAUACAUUGCUCGUAAACACAACCUGUGUGGAGAAACAGAAGAUGAGAAGGUUCGUGUGGACAUAAUUGAAAACCAGGCCAUGGACUUUAGGAACGGCUUCGUCAGGAUGUGUUACACAGACUUGGAUAAAAUGAAGCCAGGGUACCUGAAGUCACUGCCUGAGGUUUUGAAGCAAUUCUCCGAUUUCUUGGGAGACAGGGAUUGGUUUGCAGGUGAAAAGAUCACCUUUGUGGAUUUCUUAAUGUACGAACUGCUGGACCAGCACAGAAUGUUCCAUCCUUCCUGCCUCGAUGACUUCAAGAACCUGAAAGACUUUCUGGACCGUUUUGAGGCUCUGGAGAAGAUUUCUGCCUACAUGAAGUCUGACAGAUUCAUGAAGACUCCCGUCAAUAACAAGAUGGCCAAAUGGGGGAACAAGAAGGAGUAAAGAAUAAAUAACCUUCUAAUGCCUUCAAGAAGCAGUCCUUUCUAGAUCACAGGUGUGUUAGGCAAAUUUGAGAAAACUAAGGUGAAGUGAGUCUUUAUGAACAGCUACCAGAUUCCUUAUGUUGACAGUAAAGAAAUGAAAGGAAAGCUAACAUUUUGUCUCAGGAUUUAAAAACAGAUAAUAGACUUUGUACUUAAAAGCAGCACCUUUAAUUGUAGUUAAAGGCAUUGUUACAUUUUCUGAAUAAAGACAAAUUUUCAUAA